AUGCCAGCCAACAGCCAGUUGCCCCUUUUCGAGAAUGCUCGCGUCUACCCGGAUCCUAUGACGGCCACGUUCACACAGCAUACUGUGCAAGGGUCCUGGGAGCACUCCCAAGACUGCAAGACGUGCCUCAAACCCCACAGCUGGCGGGCGACCUCCAGCCUCAACUUCCCUGGCAUGACACUAAUCUCGGACACCACGCCCCCACCUGGAUGCCACGGGCCGCUCCUCAUCAUUCCUGACGCAGUGCUCGGCGCAGCUUCCAUGUCUAUGAGCUUGCUGCAGAACUCCUCUCCCGGUCCAGACUGUACCGUGACGGAGCUUGUCAAUAAAAUGCAAGACAUCCGCCGCGGAGCAAACCUUCCCGCGAUCACAGCCGAAGGACAGAGGUGCUGGUUUGAGGAUGAGCGUGCACGGGUAUGGGAGUUUCGGCCGACCCCGCUGGCGAAUCCUGUCACCUCUAGAGCGACAUGCGGCAGCUGUGACGUCGGCCUGCACUUCAUGCGCUCUGUGCCUGGGAGUGUUGCACUCCUUACUCGCACGGAGGGGUUGACUACCGCCAUAUCGCAAGGCGAUCUUCGCUGGGCAGUCUUCAAUCCCUGGGAAGAAAGCAAUCCCCCUUCAACGUUUGUUUCGCGCGGCCUCCUUCAGGGCUUCAUUGCGAACGCAGACAAAGAAUACGUUGCAUCCGCCCAGCAGACCGCGGAUGCAGGCCAGUGCCCAAGGGAAGCCACAAAGUCCCUCAUGCGGAGCCGAAUGACCCAAGGCACCGCCACAGCGGUCGCCAAACUGGGUCCCCCUCCACCAUACGCUUCUUAUGAGUAG